UCUCGCCGUUAUAAGCACCCCCAUCGAUCUCUUCUUCUCGCUGAUCUAUUCUGCGUCCUAGGAAUCAAAGUUCGACCUUCUUUCCGAUUUCCACUAAUCUCCGGUGAGUCGUCAAACUGAGAAAAAUGUCAGGAUCAGGGGCCCAGGAGCUUGCUCUGGGAACGUUGGAAGUGGACUUGACGUUACCAGAGGACAUGCCCGUGAUAAGAUGCAAGUGCGUUCCGAUCGAUGAUGUGACCGAGGGUGUUCAGCAACUCAAGCCGGAUAAGUAUGAUCUGUUGCGGAAGGUUGGAGCCGAGUUUGUCGGAACCUUCUUCCUGGUGCUUUGCGCGGUCGCCGGCCCAAUCGUGAACCAAAAGUACGAUGGAGUAGAGACAUUGAUCGGGAACGCGGUGUGUGCUGGAGUUGCUGUGACGGUCAUAGUUUUCUCGAUCGGUCACAUAUCGGGAGCCCACCUGAACCCGUCGGUGACGAUUGCCUUCGCAGUGACCCGGCACUUUCCAUGGAUCCAAGUGCCUGGCUACGUUGCCGCACAGGUCGGGGGCUCGAUGUGCGCUUCCUACGUCCUCAAGGGGGUUUUCCAUCCCUUCGCGAACGGCGGGGUCACGGUGCCUUUGGUGAAUGUCAGGCAGGCAUUUGCUCUCGAAUUUCUCGCCACUUUCCUUCUCAUGUUUGUGAUCGUCGCUGUGGCAACCGACGCUCGUGCGGUAGGAGAUUUAGCAGGUAUUGCAAUUGGAGCAACGGUGCUGCUUGACAUUCUUGUGGCAGGGAUGUCGACCGGGGCUUCCAUGAACCCCGUGAGGACUCUCGGCCCGGCUGUGGCAGCAGGAAAUUACAAAGGAUUGUGGAUGUACAUGGUGGCUCCUCCUCUUGGAGCAAUAGCUGGCGCUGCAACUUACACGGUCCUGAAGCUUAGAGGUUACGAGGCUGAGCCGCCGCGUCGGAGGAGGAUAACCUUCAGAUGCUAAGGGUGGUCGGGUCCUCGACGACUCCGAAGCAAGACCCGACUGCUCCACCCGAAAUAAACAGCAAUUUACUAGGAUCCACCUGUGGUAGUUUUGUAGCGGUUAGUGUGGUUUUUUGGGGGACUGACAAAGGGAGUGUACGUGCCUUGAGUUUCCAAAAAGUAUCCCAGAGAAUGCCACUGUUCAUGAUCAUGUUAGUUCCCUUUGGAUGUAUAAUUUAGUUAGAUUACAUUUUAGUCCUCGAAGUAUGAAUUUUCGUGCAAUCUGGUCCUCU